AUUAAACAGAAGAAGAAGAAGGAGUUUCGCAUACCAGUGAACCGUGGUGCCAUGUGUUGGUGAGGUGUGUAAGCUGUCGGACUUGACGACUACGCAUGUUCAGUCGGCGACUGAAUAACUUCAAAUUACACCCAACAGUCGAUUAUCAAUGGUUGUCACAAUGAUGGCAUCAGCAGAGAUCGUGGUCCCCGAAGAAGAGAAACCGAAGGCGGAAGAAGCUGGAGUUACUGUGGACGGGAAAAGGAAAGCGGAGUCAGAAGACACUAUUUGCCCUACAAAAAAACAGAAAACCGUAAAUGAAGGUUUCUGUGUUUUUAUUGGCAAUUUGAACAAGACCAAGAAAUAUGAAGAAAUAAAAACAUCGAUUAUAAAUUACUUACUGAAAGAGAGUCUGUUGGUCCAGGAUAUUAGACUACACGCUGACAGGACGUUUGCAUAUGUAGACCUGGCAACCGAGAUAGACAUGGCCAAAGCCUUGACUCUGAAUGGUAAAAGGGUCCUUGAUUUGCCCCUGAGGAUUUCCAAAGCUAAAGUCAAGGUCAAAGACGACAAGAAGAGGAAGAGAGUAAAACCUAAUGCCGAGCAGAAAGCAGACAAGUUUGCCAAGUGGUUGUCGGUGACAAACCUUCCCCACAAUGCAACGAAGGCUGAAGUUAUGGGCAUCUUUAAAACUGCAGUUGAUGUAACGUUUCCCGGAGGAACCUCAGGCCCAACCAGAGGCAUCGCAGUUCUGCACUUUGAAACCAAGGAGCUUGCUGAAAAAGCCAUGAAGAAGAAAAAAGGGAAGAAGCUCAGAGAGAGAGUGAUAAUGAUCAACGCUUACAGAUGUAAAAAUAUUGGCAGUGUUGAUGACGAAAACACUGAAGCCAUUGCGCAGGGAGGUGCUCCCACUAACACAUUGGUUAUUAAAAACCUGCCUCGUCUGGAAAGUGAGAGGAAGCUAAAGAAGAUAUUCAAGAAUGCUGUCGGUAUCAACGUACCCAUGGACGGUAGCAACGCAAGAGGAUUUGCGUUUGUUGAGUUUAAAACUGACAAGGAAGCCAAGGACGCCAUGGAAAUGGCACGAGGCGUGAAGAUAUUGAAAAAGGCAAUCGACGUUGAGUACAGCAGAUCUAAGUUACGGCCAGAAGCUAACGAAGUUCUCUUGACAACCUUGAAGGUAACUGGACUGGAUGAGAAAACCAGUGAGGAGACUCUUGCAACUAUGUUCGAAGGAUGCACGACUACCAGGAUCAUUCGAGACAAAAAAACGUCAACAUCGAAAGGGUUCGGCUUUGUUGAUUUUGCCAAGAAAGAAGACUGCCAGGCUGCCAAAGAGUCCUUGGAGGACUGUGAGAUAGAUGGCAAGAAGUUGACACUGGCCUACGCCAAGCCCCAGUUCACCCAGUUUACACAAAAGCCUAAAACACAGCCCAGUGUCCAGUCUGCAGAGAAGGCUAAAGUCCAGUCUAAACAGAAGCCCGGAUCACAACCUGAAAAACCUGUCUCUAAAGAUCAACCUUCUGCUGGCAAAACGAAGCUGUCAAAACGUAGAAGGAACAGGAAGAAAGCUGCAGCAAAAAAUGCCGCAAAAGACGGAGCAGAGGAAGCAGCAGAGGAAGCAGCAGAGGAAGCAGCAGAGGAAGCAGCAGAGGAAGCAGCAGAGGAAGCAGCAGAGGAAGCAGCAGAGGAAGCAGCAGAGGAAGCAGCAGAGGAAGCAGCAGAGGAAGCAGCAGAGGAAGCAGCAGAGGAAGCAGCAGUGGAAGGAGCAGUGGAAGGAGCAGGAGAUGCAGCAGCUGCCGGAGCAGGAGAUGCAGCAGCUGCCGGAGCAGGAGAUGCAGCAGCUGACGGAGCAGGAGACAAAGUAGAGGCAGCAGUGGAUGGAGCAACGGCAGAGGUGGCUGAAGUCAAAGAAUAAUUUGUUCCCCAAUGUCGGAAGAUUCUCCAUCACAAUGUUUCAUUCAACUUUUGCCGUGAGAUUAAAAUGUAAACAUACAUUCUCUGGGGAAAAGAUUUUCUAUUGAUUGUGUUCUCCUAUUUCAUAUUAUUGUAUUGGUUAUAAUGUUUGAAAUGAAAUAAUCUGUUAAUGUAGUCCUUCAGUGUGAAUAAUUGAAUAACAUUGAUCAAUUGUUAAUCAUUCAAUUGUUUUAACGUCUCUACCAUUGGGCUAUGUCAUUGUGUAUAUUGUUGAUCAAUUUUUGUGAGUUGAAAUUUUCCCAAGCAAAUUCACUGAAAUAAUCAUUUCUGUCAAUA